AUGUCGUUCACGACCACGCGCGCGUUCGGCUCGUCCGCGCGAUCGGGUUCGAGCGCGCGAACGGCGAACGCGGGAACGACGCCGACGACGUCAUCGCAUCGCAUCAUCCAUCGCGCGCGGCGCUCGAGAACGGCUACGUCGGCGACGCGUGAGGGUGAGGUAAAGAGCGACGUCGCCCCGCGACCGUUCACCGUCAGAGAGGGCGAGCUCGGGAAGGUGGCGUCGGCGGCGAUACCGCUCGUGAUUCGUCUCGGCACGGGCGCGUUAAUCGCCGGGUACAAGCUCGAGCUCGUGGAGGAUGACGUGACAAAGUAUUCGCCGAUCCGGAUCUUCGGCAAGAGAUUAAACGAACGCUCGACGACGCUUCCGAGCGACCGAGCGAAGGAGCCGAUCGUGAUGUACGAGUACGAAGGGUCGCCGUACUGUAAAAAGGUCAGAGAAGCGCUCUCGGUGCUCGACUGCGACGUGUUGUUCAAGCCGUGUCCUCAGGGCAGCGAAGCUUUCCGCGCCGAGUCGAAGAGGCUCGGCGCGACGACGUAUCCGUUCAUGGUCGACCCGAACACAGGGACUUCGAUGGGAGAGAGCGACGACAUAAUCGAGUAUCUAUUCAAGACGUACGGAGGCGAAACAAAAAUCCCACUGCUUUUGAAGCGUGAUUCUCCGCUAACAAACUUUACAGCUUACGCCGCGGCCGUGUCGCGUCUUAAGGCGCUUCGAGCGCGUCCGGCGAAGAAAAUACCGGAGAAACCGCUCGAGCUUUGGACAUACGAAAUCAGCCCGUUUAGCAAGCUCGUGCGCGAGGCGCUCACAGAGUUAUGCAUCCCACACGUCGUCAAGUACACUCCGCGAGGCUCGCGAAAGCGUGACGAACUCUUCGCCGAGGUAUCGCACUUCCAAGUCCCGUUUAUGCGCGAUCCAAACACGGGCGUUCAAAUGUUUGAGAGCAAGGAGAUUUGCGAGUAUAUCGAGCGCGAAUAUGGCGACGCGGUGUAG